AUGUCCUACAGACAAAGGCAACAACAGCAGUAUCUUGUGCUGCGGCAGAAAUACAUAGGCCUCGGUAGGGAGAAUACGACGCAGGAAGAAUGGUUAACCAAUGUUAGGAGAGAUACUUACAACACGUUGCAAGGGCAUUCCGCUCUACUGGAGUAUGUGACGCUCGCGAAAGGCGGUCUCAGUAAGCGAUCAGAAAGGAUAGAGCUUAUAAAGAAAAUGAAGCAAUCACCAAAAGUAGUUGACAACGGUCACUGA